AUGGCAGAAUUCUUCGUCCGACUUCUCAAGCGUGUCGAUGAGCUCAACGUGGCUACGUUUGCGCCAAAUAAGGGUGCACAAGAUGACUUCAACCAGCAAGCGGAAGAGUUCAUGGCCGGUACUGUGUGGCCUGGAAGUUGCACAAGUUGGUCUUGUGGUCCCUUUCGCCUUAAUAGCAUCCUGUCGACAGACAAACACGGCUACUCUGGCAAGAUUACAGCCGUGUGGCCAGGUAGUAGUUUCCACUAUAGGGAAGUACUCGAGCAGGAUCGCUGGGAAGACUGGAACUGGACGUACCCUGCGGGAAGAUACAAGAUAUGGGGCAAGGGACAAUCUCGGGUCGAGAAAGAGAGUGGAGAUCAUAACUACUGCCUCAAAUAUGGUUCGUUUCUCUCGUAA